GUGACGCUAUUAAGAAGUCUUUCCCGGUUGAUAUUGAUAAAGGCAUGACUGUUGGGCACCUCAAAGAGUUAAUCAAGGAGAAGAAAAAGAACGCCUUUGCCAAUAUUGACGCAAAUGAACUGAGGCUGUGGAAGGUGGAUAUUCCUAUCGGUAUAGAAAACAAAAACACGAAAAUAUUUGCCAAAAACAUUAAUGAUUAUAAAGGUGUGGAAUUGCUCCCAAAUGCUACUAUAGAAACAGUUUUUUACAAAGAAUCCGAAAAUACCAAAUUUUAUAGCAUCCGCAUCAUCGCGCAACCGCCUGUCACCGCUGGAACCUCUGGAUCACUUUCCACCCCAAUGAAGCGAUCGGAUGAAUCUCAAUUUUAUAACCAUGAACCUGUUACUUCUCGUGAGGUAGAAUUUUGGAAUGAACUUUCUGACGUGUAUAUUGUUCUUAAACUACCAGAUAAUAUUGAUAAAACUAUGUUCAUGUCUGGACCAUUAUCCGAAUACAUAAGUGUUAAAGGGAACGAAAUUGUGCUGA